AUGAACACGCCGGCACGUGAAUACCCAGCUUGGCAGAAACACAAGAAUACAGACAGCUUAGAUUCAGAGACGUCUUUCUUUGAUCUGUCGACCUCUUCGACUACAGAUGGUAGUUGGUCAGGCUACUUUGAUGGCUGGACCGAUCAAGCCCAAGACAACUACUGCCCCGAGAUAGUAUCAGCCAGUAACUCGCCAACACGGUCUGCCGAAUCCGACAAAACACCACUGUUUGAUCCUGAGGGACUGUUGCCGAACGCAUGUCCUCGAUCGAGCCGGCCAGCAUCGGUGAGGAGCGGUGCCAACGUCGCUGCUUCCACUCAACCUUCUAGAAGGUCCAUGAAGGCCAGACGACGAGGCAUUGUACCUCAUGCAGACCUGGCCCUAGGCGAUGAUGCUAUUACACGACUUGACAGCCUAUUGAAUAAUUCCAUGUCCAAUACUGAGGACAUCCUUGCCGCCAUGUAUAGUGCUGAUUGGGAUGCGGCCUCUCUGCAAAAAUGGUACGAACAGUCUACCCAAAGUCCAGCAGAUUUGGCACUUUUCAAAAUAAUGUUCAGCUUACGCUAUACAUUCGACGACCCGUCACCACUCCCAACAUAA